CCCGGCGGGGCCGGGAUGGGGCGGCGGGCGCUGCUGGGCGGGCGGGCUCCGCUCCACCUGCUGCUGCUGUGCCACGCCUGGGCGCUGCCUCCGCCGCCGCGGGAGGCGCAGCCGCUGCUGCCCGCCCGCCUGCCCGCUCCGCCGGGGCAGCUGGCGCUGCGCCUGGCCGCUUUCGGCCGCGCCGUCGUGCUUCGCCUCCGACCCGACGCCUCUUUCCUCGCCCCGCGCCUCCGCCUGCAGCGCUUGGGAGGCCGCCGGCCGCCGGGCCGGGCCGCUCCUCGGCGGGGCUGCUUCUACGCGGGGACCGUCGAAGGGCGUCCCGACGCACCCGCCGUGCUCAGCCGCUGCGGUGCAGGGCUCCGCGCCGCCUUCCUGCUCGACGGGGCGGCGUACGCGCUGCAGCCGCUCGGGCCGCCCGCUCCCGGCCCGCCCUGGCGCCGCCCGCACCGCCUCCAGCGCCGCGCCGCCCCGCCGGCCCCGACCCGCGCCCGGCCCCGGUCCGCAGCCGCUCCUGGGCAACCGCUCCGCCGCGCCCGGCGCUUCGUCUCCGAGGCGCGCUACGUGGAGACGCUGCUGGUGGCCGAUGCGUCCAUGGUACGCUUCUACGGGGAGGACGUGGAGAACCAUGUCCUGACCCUGAUGUCCAUGGCAGCUCGCAUCUACAAGCACCCCAGCCUGAAGAAUGCCAUCAACCUGGUGGUGGUGAAGGUGCUGGUGGUGGACGAGGAGGCGGCGGGGCCGGAGGUGUCGGACAACGGCGGCCUCACCCUACGUAACUUCUGCAGCUGGCAGCAGCAGUUCAACCCACCGAGCGACCGGCACCCUGAGCACUAUGACACCGCCAUCCUGCUCACCCGACAGGAUUUCUGCGGGCAUCAAGGCUGUGACACGCUUGGGGUGGCGGAUAUCGGCACCAUGUGUGACCGCAACAAAAGCUGCUCGGUGAUCGAGGAUGAGGGACUGCAGGCCGCCUACACGCUGGCUCACGAGCUGGGCCACGUGCUCAGCAUGCCUCACGAUGACUCCAAGACCUGCGAGCGGCUCUUCGGGCCCCUGGGCAAGCACCAUAUGAUGGCCCCGCUCUUUGUCCACCUGAACAAGAGCCAGCCCUGGUCCCCAUGCAGCGCCAUGUACCUCACCGAGUUCCUGGAUGGAGGGCACGGUGACUGCUUGCUUGAUGCCCCGGCCCAAGCCCUCUCCCUGCCCUCGGAGCUGCCCGGCCGAGGGGCCCUGUACAGCCUGGACCAGCAGUGCCAGCAGAUCUUCGGCAAAGACUUCCAGCACUGUCCCAACACCACAGAGGAGGACGUCUGCGCCCAGCUGUGGUGUAGGACCAGUGGUGGGGAGCCGCUGUGCCACACCAAGAAUGGCAGCCUGCCCUGGGCUGACGGAACCCCCUGCACGGGCGGCGGGCUGUGCUGGGAUGGAGCCUGCCUGCCACAGGAAGCACUGCAGCCCCAGCCGGCGGUGGACGGCGGCUGGGGCGCGUGGAGCCCGUGGGGCGCAUGCUCGCGGACGUGCGGCGGCGGCGUGCAGUUCUCCCACCGCCACUGCGACCGGCCCCGGCCCCAGCACGGCGGCCGCUACUGCGAGGGCCAGCGCACCCGCUACCAGUCGUGCCACACCGAUGAGUGCCCGCAGGAUGGCAAGAGCUUUCGGGAGCAGCAGUGCGAGAAGUACAACAGCUACAACUUCACGGAUCAGGAGGGGAACCAGCUGGAGUGGGUCCCCAAGUACGCCGGGGUGUCCCCCCGGGACCGCUGCAAGCUCUUCUGCCGAGCCAGGGGAAGGAGCGAAUUUAAAGUCUUCGAGCCCAAAGUGAUAGACGGGACACUGUGUGGUCCGGAGACCCUGUCCAUCUGCGUGCACGGGCAGUGCAUCAAGGCCGGCUGCGACCACGUUGUUGGGUCCUCCAAGAAACUGGACAAGUGCGGGGUGUGCGGCGGCAACGGCUCGACCUGCAGGAAGAUUUCCGGCUCGCUCAACCGAUCCAAGUACGGCUACAAUGACAUCGUCACCAUCCCGGCUGGGGCAACCAACAUUGACAUCAAGCAGCGCAGCCACCGCGGGGUGCGCCACGACGGGAACUACCUGGCCCUGAGGACCCUGGAGGGCAGGUACCUGCUGAACGGCGACUUUGCCAUCUCAGCCAUGGAGCAGGACAUCCUCAUUAACGGCACCAUCCUCAAGUACAGCGGCUCCAUGACGACCCUGGAGAGGCUGCAGAGCUUCCGGCAGCUCCCCGAGCCCCUCACCGUCCAACUGCUGACCAUCGCCAGCGAGGUCUUCCCACCCAAAGUCAAGUACACCUUCUUCAUCCCUAAAGACGUCCCCUUCAGCAAGCAGAAGGACAAAGAGAAGAAGUCGGCCAACAUCAUCCGCCCGAUGCUCACCUCGCAGUGGGUGCUGGGCGACUGGUCCGAGUGCUCCAAGACCUGCGGCUCCGGCUGGCAGAGGCGGACGGUGGAGUGCCGGGAUGUCGAAGGCCAACCUUCAGCCACCUGCGACCGAGCCCUCAAGCCUGAGGACAUCAAACCCUGCGGUGACGUUCCCUGCCCGCUCUGGCGCAUGGGUCCUUGGUCGCCAUGCUCCCAGACGUGCGGCGAGGGCGUGCGGACGCGCAACGCUUCCUGCAUCCACUACACAGGCACCGUCAUCGCCCCGGAGAAAUGCAGCUCCCCGAGGCCACUGCCAGCCACCACCACCUGCCUGCUGCAGCAGUGCUGAGCGGGGACGGCGGGGGACAGGGCUGGGGACGCAGGCCACCGGGUGCCACCGUGCCGCAGGCUCGCUCGAGGACGGGAGCCGCUGGUAGCCUGGCGGUUCGUCUACCUCAGAGGGGGGAAUAAGGGCAGCAAGACAGGGAGGAAUCAGUUCUUUUUGUCCUUUCUUUCCUGCUGGCUCGCUGGGGCUGCGGGUUCAGGAGGGGUGGGAUGGGUGGUGGUGGUGUGGGACAUGGUAAAAUUGGGGCUUCUUUGUGAAAGCGCUGUUGUGCAGCUCAGGUCGCCAUCCCCGCCGCGCAGCAGUGUGGGUGUGUUGAGCAUUUUAUCAGCUGCGGUUUUUCAGCUGGAGAUAAGUGGCUCGUGUGGCUGGAAGGGAAUGAGCCGAGGGCUGGGCUAUAGGCGGUCGUGGCGGCUUCUGCUGGAUUUAUAACCCAGGAGGUGCCAAAGCUCUGCCUCCAAACAUCCCCCGCAGCCGCCGUUCCUCCCUGAGCCGCAGCCCCACGAGGAACACGCAUCCCCACACCUCCAUUUCCCCAGUAUAAAACCAAUCCCACCCCUGUUGCCACUUGCAGGGUUGCCCCAAGGAUUAACUAAAGCUCUGCAGUGCUCUGGCUGUGCGAUGCCUGUUGCUGUCCCCGUUCCCCUGUGGAGCAGACACUUGGCUGUGCUCGCAUCCCCUCUCCCAUCCUCUUGGUUCUGCCUGCCGCACGCUUACUUUACCAGCCGUGCUUUUCAUUUUGGAGAUGAGACCCAACCGGUGCCACUGUUCAGCCCCGAUCCCUGGAGCCCUGGGCACACAAGGAUGCUCAGCCCCAGCGUUUGGCUCCAUUUGGGGCUGGAAGCUCCAACAGGGAGUCCCGCAGGGCUGCAGCUCCUCUCCCAGCCCAGACGCUCUGGCCGUGCUGCAGAUGCUGCUCACUCACUGACCUCUCCCCUUUUGAAGCAAUCGCCUCUUGUUGGACGUGUGCUGGCAGCAGCUGGAGCCUUGGGAGCGGGGCUGGAAUUUGCAAAUGUUUUGUCAUUGACAUCGCACGGUGGGAAGAUACUUUGGGAUUUUUGCUACAUCUGACUUUCCCCAUUUGCAAAACGAAGCUGCCUCGUGAAGCUGCUUUUGGUCCAGGAGCUGCUCAAUCCUCCGCUGCAAAUGGGAGGGAGCUUUUGCAAGUAGGGCUGAGCAUGAUGCAAUUGUUUUGCCAGCAUGGAGGUGACCGAAGAAUGGCAGGUCCACAUUGCAAACUGUGCCUUGGGGGGAAUCGCUUUUGUCCCCAUUGUUACAGCAAGACUGAGGCUUUUCAAGCAGAGAGCACACCUUGUCUGCAAGGAGGCUCUGCUGUCGUUCACUGCACGGAGAUGUGAAUCUGGGCAGCUGCAGGGAUAAGAGGGAUGCAGAU